GGAUCAGUGCUUUCACCUCUCUUCCAAUAGCACAAAUGCCUGCUGCGUAUGCCCGUCAGGCGAUCGGGUUGGCAGCAAUGACCCGCUCCCCAGACCAGAGUCUAUUUGCGCGCGGUGCGCCUGUUACAGAACGCGAUGCGAAACUCUGCUGCUCGAGUAAUGUUUUCUGGAGCUAUGAUACAACGAGAGGUUUGCCUCGCGGUCAUCUUUUCUUGAGCUUCGUUCAAGCUCCGCAGUCGUCCGGUUUACAACUUCGAGAAACUCAUUCGUUCGAGUGAGUGGGCUAUGCAUUGGAGAAAUUACAAUCAAUUCGGCAGAUCAUGAUCUUGGACUGCGGCAAACGAGUCUUUCAUUAUUAAUGGUCGUCUCACCGGAGCCUUGCCAGAAGCCGUCUGAUAUCGGGAGCAACGAUUCCCGGAGAUCUUCUCAGAGACUGGAAGCCAGACCUGAGAGGUGGAGUGGCAUUGCGCAAGGACGAGCGAAUGUGAAUACUGAAACAGCGACACCAGUACCACAAGCGCCAGACACUUCGCAACGCCCACGGACUUCUGAGCGAGCAGUUGGAGUCAGCAGCGAGGCAGCCAUGAACGCCUCAGAUGAGAAGGCGGCCGAGGCGGCAGCAGAGCAGAGAAAUGCUGCGGUCACACCCGAUGUGUUCGUAGAUGCCCAGACGCACGAAAGUCAGAGCACGACUGAGCAGGACAGUAUCAAUCAUGACACGACCAGCGGAGAAGAUCCAGAGAAAGAUGCAAUCCGAAAAGAAAUCCAGAACAAGCACCUGAGUAUCGCCUCAAGCGCGGAUGCGCACAAACGAGAGUCAAUAGAAACUCCUCCGCGAUGGUCAGCCGUCAUGUCGGACUCGGACGCAGCGAGCGAGCACACCAUACAGGCAACGCCCAUAGUAGAAGCAGAUGCCAGACCUGCAGCGACAAGGAGCCGUGUGACACUGCAGGUGCCAGAGGAUGAACACCACCACCAAGGUGGCGGUGGCUCGAUGCCAACAAGGCCGACCCACAGCAGAGGAGCAACGGUGGCUUCGGGCGUGACAAUCGCUUCAUCGAGAAGGAGCCUUCCAUCUCUGCGUCGACGAGAGACAAAGCUGAUGCAAAAGAAAGCCCAUCCUUGGCAACAUCUGGGUAUUACGCUUGGCCUACCGAUGGUGCUCCUCUUCGAUCUGGUCGUGCCCUGCAUUGCGUACUACGUGUGGUACGACAACCACGGACCAGACAUAAAGUACGACAGAGGCAUUCUCGGUGGCGCGGUCGCCUGUUUCGGUUUCGGAGAGCUCUGGAUCCUCUUCGCACGAGUUUGGCGCCUCUUCUUCAGACGAGAAGAGUGUGCGCCACUUCUCUCACGCAAUCGAUGGGAGCUCGAUGCAACGUCGUGGGUGUACGGAGUGGCGGUCCUGAUCGCGCUCCCACCGUUCGUGAUUGGUUCCGAGUUGGAGAUACCCGAGCUCUACCUGUACGCCCCCUGCUUCAUCUUCGGGUUCCUCGCCAUAUUGAUGUUCAUCACGACGCUCUUCCCUUUCAAACUCCCGAUCGGGAUCAAUUCACAGGAGCGAGGGACACGAAUCCGGCCGUUCAUUUUUUAUGCUGCAGAGGAUUUCAUCGCCGUCGAUGGCCUGCAGGAUCGAGAAUUCCGGGUCCGCUACAAUGAGCGGUACGAACAUAAUGCCAUGUUCCGCCGCUUCUUCUUCUGGCUGACGCUUUUCUGGUUCUUCGGAUGCUUGAUCUACAUCGGGUGCGCGUCGGCCAUUAUCUGGACGCUGGAGUUCAAUCACGCCUUUGGACUUAUUUUUGGCAUCCUGUUCUCCUGGAUUGGCGUCUGGGCGUUGAUCACCUGGCGCUGGGUCAAGUGGGAGAUGAGGCGUGAGAGACGGGCAUUCGAGGAGGGCUAUGUUGAUGCAUAA